AAUCGUCCUAUUUCGCUCUUUGUCAAGUUCACUGUGACACAGUCCGCACACAACCAUCUCUUGUGUGUUGAACACGCAUAAUUAUUAUCAAUCAUCGUUCAAUCCUUUGUUCACACUUUAUGGUAUAGCAAACUGCAUCGAUUGUUGAUCUUUACUGUAUUCGAACCCCUCCCUACUUUCUUUUCUUCUACUUCAUCGCUGCGCGAUCUCUUUCCUGAAGUCCCAUAAUGCGUUACGAUAUACUCUUCAGCGCCUCGCUGGGCAUGUUCUUGGCUGCUCAGCCUGCACAGGCUGGUCCAUUGCCACGCUUGAGAGCCAGAAUGCCCAACGUUGCGCGAGCUGACACAACCGCCGUAUUUCAGACGUCGCCAAUUCCUAAUGAGGCCGGGCCUUCUACUGAACCCGCUGCGUCUUCAGCUUCAACUCCUCGCCCCAUCUUUCAAACCUUGACGGGCUCGUCAGUAGAUAUACCCGACUCUCUCAUCUCUGGCACACCUUCUCAGGUUCAGAGCCAAGCUCCAGCCACAUCUUCGGCCCCAGGAAUCACUGUCAUCCCGAUUGUGGACUCUUCAACCACUGCAGCCGCCGGAACGAGUGCUCCAGCUGACAGUACCGUCGAAACUUCGGCUCCGGUCGCUACACCAACUACGUCUAGCAGUGUUAUCGAGACUUCUACCCAGGUUUCUGUUCCAACUACGUCCAGUACUGCCGUUGGCAUUCCUACUACAAGUGCUACCUCGGCUACUUCUGCCGAGCCUGCCAGUACAAGUGCGACUAGUCAUGUGGCUGACCAGUCCACGACAAUUGCGUUCCCAAAUGAUAGAGCCACCACCAUUGCUUCCCCUGAGGGAUCCAGCACCACUGCUGGCACUCCUACCAAUGUUGCUACCUCGGCCACAGCUCACAGUACCUCUGUGGGAGAAACAACCUCUGUAGGAACAACAACCUCUGUUGGAACAACAACCUCUGUUGGAGGAACAACUUCUGUGGGAGGAACGUCAACUUCUGUGGGAGGAACAACAACUUCUGUGCGACAGACAACCUCUGUUGGAGGAACGACAACCUCUGCUAAGCCUUCGUCGACAGAGGCAACUUCUCAGACAACACCAACAAGUGCUUCAACUACGGGAUCUGGGGCUUCAAGCUCUGCUACUGUAAACACAGAGUCUCAGACGGCGACAACCGGGGUUAAAGAAUCUACAACUGCACCUCUGACUACUGAUACUGCCGCUUCUUCUGCAAGCACUGAGGCUUCGACCACUACCAACACUGCGGCUGCCACUACUGCUUCAACCACGGCAGCCCAGACUCAGACGACUGACCCUGUCUCCGAGACUACAGCUCCGACAACGCAGACGAGUGUUACUAGCCAGACGCAGCUGAGCUCAAGUGCUGGCAGCACGACGGUGUCGGCUAACCCUUCCACUACAGAAGGUACUUCUGCUAUUACUGAAGGCACUUCUUCUACUGCUGAAAGUACUUCUGUUACUACUGGAGCUGCUUCUCCUACUACAGAAGUGCGGCCGCUACAUCCACUGGAGGAAGCAGCCUGACUUCAAGUGCUACCAGCCCUGGAACUACUGUUGCAACGUCCGAGACCACAUCUUCUACCGAGUCGCCAACGAGCUCAGCCUCAAC